AUGUUUGAGAAGUCAGUUAGAGGACGUGCUCUGCAACAGCACGUUUUCAAACAAAUAUAUUUAACCAUGGCAAUUGAGCCCCAUAGCGAUUGCAAGAAUAGGUGCCUCAUGGAAAACACCUGUGUGUCCGUGAACGUUGGUCCACCCGACAAGAAUGGACUCAGGGUCUGUCAACUGAGUGAUUCUGAUCACACUCAACAUCCUGAUGACCUGAAACCCCAAGAAGGAUACCAGUAUUGGGCUACAAAGGUGCGGAUAUUUGGAUAGAACACAAUACAAUAGAUUCAUUUUCUAAUUCUCCUUGGUAUGGUUAUGUUUAGUUUUUAUUAAAGUAAAUCCCACUAAAGACAACUUUAUCCCUGCAGAAUCCAUGUUCAAGCAGCCCUUGUCUUCAUAAUGCAACCUGCCUAAAUGGGUUCACAGAUAAGAGAUACAUUUGCUUGUGUCAAGCUGGUUACAAGGGGAACAAAUGUGAAAAAAAAGGUGACCAGAAGCUGAGAAUUGAUCUGAGUAAAUGUCAGGUUUACCUUCAUGCGUGUUUGUUUUCUCCUUCUAUGAAUCUUUUACUGUGACACGCCUCGUGGUACGCUUUAUUAAUAUUAUUAUUAUUAUUAUUAUUUUUUUUGUUUUGUUUUGUUUUUGUUGUUUUUUUGUUGUUUUUUGUUUUCUCUUUGUUUUUGCUCUUUCCCACCUUCAAUGUUCGCGGUUGAUAUCCGUGUAAGACAUUUUGUGGAGGUGGAUUAAUUAAUCUGUCAUUUGAAAGCCAAAUAUACGAAGUAGACGGUUAAUUUAUCCUUUCUUAUAUUUUUCCUUGCCCCUUUAGGCAUAGUAAAAAUGUUUACGUAAUUAAUGAAGAAGAUACGAAUUAAGCUUGUGUAUAACUGCGAGCCUUUGUGUCAUCUUUAAGAGAGCUAAAAGAAAUUGUGCUCUAAAAAAUAUGUUGAUAUGAGCUUGUUUGUUUUCCCCUCAGCAUUCAAAGCAAUUUUUACAAAUCUCAAUGCCACUGGAAGAUAUGGUCCAACAACGCUGGGCAGUCACUAUACAGGUCAAGAUCAUGACGGGCAAGUUACAUUGUCUAGCGGUAUUCAACGGUGGACUGUGCCGUACACUGGUGACUACAGAAUAGAAGCGGUAGGAGCAGCAGGAGGGUACGAUGGAGCUACUAACAACACUCAGUAUCGAGGGAGAGGAGCAAGAAUGAUUGGAACAUUCCGUUUAAAGGAGGAUGAAGUUAUCCAGAUACUUGUAGGUCAAGGAGGAGGAAUAAACAAGAUGGAUCUAUCCUCUGGCGGUGGUGGAGGUACAUUUUUGGUGAGAGGAACUGAUACACCUUUAAUAAUAGCUGGAGGUGGAGGAGGGAUAGAUUCUGCUAAGUCAAUACAUGUAGAAUGUGACGCCAGCACAAGCAAAAUAGGGAAAUCUGGACACAAGUCAUGGUCAGGGGGGAGCAAUGGGCAUGGUGCGCAGACUGCUGAUGAUGGCUACUCAGGUAAGAGUAUACUGUGGUGAUCCCUUACCUAGAAGCUCCUUAUUAAUGAAUGUGCUAAUGUAUUCUUCAAAUUUAAAUCAUUGGCCCUAGUCCCACAAAAAAUAAAACAAAGCACUAAGACUACCUAGGAUGAGGACCAGUUUAUACACCAAGAGAUAAUAUAGGCACAUAUAAAAAUAUUCUGCCUGAUGGAUGGCAGCACAAUAGAAAUACAUCAUUUAGAGGUUUGACCACGCUGAUAUGGGCACUUUAGGGAUUAUUAAAAAAAAGUGUUUUGUAAUUAAAACUUAAUCAUCAUGUUUGUUUUUGUUUUGUCUUCAGGUGGUGGUGGUGGCGGGUUUUACUCCAGUGGAAGAAGUGGAACUGAUUUCAAGGGGACCAAGGGAGUGGGCGGAGAAGGUGGUAAGGGAUUUCUUCAGGGAGGGGAGGGUGGGAUAUCACUGCAUCACAAUGUUGUUGGUGGGUUUGGUGGAGGAGGCGGAGCUCAUGGACAGUCAGGAGGAGGAGGAGGAGGAGGGUACUCUGGGGGAAGCAGUGGAGAUGGUUCUCGUGAUAGCUGUGGGGGUGGGGGUGGCUCCUAUAACGAUGGAAACAACCAGGACAAUAAAUGUUGUUAUAACACGGCUGGUCAUGGUCAGGUGACCAUCACAUUACUGUAA